AUGAUGAUCAUCGCCACCGACUACUUUACUAAAUGGAUCGAGGCCGAAGCUCUAUCCUCUACUAAAGAAGCUGAUGUGGAGCAAUUCAUCUGGAGAAACAUCAUUUGCCGGUUUGGCUGCCCACAAUCGCUGGUUACCGACAAUGGCUCACAGUUUAUUGGCAAGCAGAUCACCACCUUCUUUGCGAAAUACAAGAUCAAGCAGCACCUAUCCACCCCGAGGUAUCCACAAGGACAUUGA